UGCUGCUAAGUGCAGUGGCUGCAUGGAAAAGAUCGCUCCAACAGAAUUUGUGAUGAGAGCCCUGGAGUGUGUUUACCACUUAAGCUGCUUCUGCUGCUGCGUUUGCGAACGACAGCUGAGGAAAGGGGACGAAUUUGUUCUUAAGGAAGGACAGUUGCUCUGCAAAAGUGACUAUGAAAAAGAGAAAGACUUGUUGAGCUCGGUCAGCCCAGACGACUCAGACUCAGUUAAAAGUGAUGAUGAAGACGGAGAUGUAAAGCCCACCAAAGGACAAGUAACCCAAGGAAAAGGAAGUGAUGAUGGGAAGGACCCAAGAAGACCUAAACGACCAAGGACAAUACUUACUACGCAGCAGAGACGAGCAUUCAAAGCAUCCUUUGAAGUGUCUUCCAAGCCCUGUAGGAAGGUCAGAGAAACACUAGCAGCUGAAACAGGACUCAGUGUGCGAGUUGUCCAGGUCUGGUUUCAAAACCAAAGAGCAAAGAUGAAAAAACUAGCACGAAGGCAUCAGCAGCAGCAGGAGCAGCAAAAUUCUCAGCGACUAGGGCAAGAAGUAAUGUCCAACCGAAUGGAAGGGAUGAUGACAUCUUACACACCACUUGCACCGCCACAGCAGCAGAUUGUAGCAAUGGAUCAAAGCAGUUAUGGCACAGACCCAUUUCAGCAGGGUCUUACCCCUCCACAAAUGCCAGGCGACCACAUGAACCCUUAUGGAAACGACUCCAUUUUUCAUGAUAUCGACAGUGAUACCUCUUUAACUAGCUUGAGCGACUGUUUUCUUGCCUCUUCCGAAGUUAACUCCAUGCAGGCUAGAGUAGGAAACCCCAUUGACAGGCUGUACUCUAUGCAGAGCUCGUAUUUCGCCUCAUGAAAAUAAAAGAAAACAAACAGUCGGCAUAUAUUUAGCCAGUGACUUUUUCAAGUGCAGACUCUACAGCCAUAUGUUGCCCAGCUCUUCCUUCACAGUGACUCCUGCUGCCUCUGGACUGCAAAGAGCCUUUUUAGGAAGACUAUGUGUGCAUAUAUGUGUAUGUAUGUAUAUAUAUAUUAAUACCUACCUACAUACAUACAUAUAUAUAUAAACAAAAUGCACCCACCAGUCCCAUACCCUUCAUUCCCAGCUUGCACCAGACCACGAGACAAGCACGGAAGGAACAGAAGACCCUGCUCGUCAGCAGCCUUUGGUUUGGUUUGGUUUGAGCUCAUCGUUGUAAAGGAAAUGGAUUUUGCGGAAAGCUAGACCUUUUCCUCCUUUCUCU